GCCCAGACUAGUGACCGCUCUCAUGCUUCUCUCUGAUUCUUGCAAUCAUAUUUUCGAUAUAACUCGAUUCUGCGCAGUACGCAGUCCAGUAUGCUCUUCCGGGAACGUUCUCUUAAGGUCUCAUCGUCAGACGUGUGAGACGACGAGAAUACUGUAAUCGUAAAUCUCAGAGAUGCCGCCAAAAAGAGGAAAAGUGCAAAAGGAGGAGGUCCAAGUUUCCCUUGGACCUCAGCUGCGUGAGGGCGAAGUAGUGUUUGGCGUCGCGCACAUUUUUGCUAGUUUUAAUGACACUUUUGUUCAUGUCACGGAUUUAUCUGGGAGAGAGACAAUUGCUAGGGUGACUGGUGGCAUGAAAGUAAAGGCGGAUCGUGAUGAAGCCUCACCGUAUGCUGCCAUGCUUGCGGCUCAAGAUGUUGCGGAGAAGUGUAAAAGCUUAGGGAUUACUGCCCUGCAUAUUAAAUUGCGAGCAACAGGAGGAAACAAGACGAAGACACCUGGACCAGGUGCUCAAUCUGCUCUGCGAGCUUUGGCCCGUUCAAGCAUGAAAAUCGGACGUAUUGAAGAUGUUACGCCAAUUCCAUCAGAUUCCACACGCAGAAAGGGGGGUCGCCGUGGACGCAGGCUAUAAAUUAUUAUGCCUUUCUGUAUCUUUUAUCUUACAAUAAAUGUCUAGAAAAAGAAA